UUGGUGGUGUGUUUUUGGUCUUAACCGAAUAUCUCAUGCUGUUCUGUACUUUAACGUCUGAUUUGAUUCGCCAGGCUCCUAAAUCAAGGUAGACAUUCACUUUUGAUGCGUAGCGGUCUUGGGUAUAUCAAUAAAUAUAAUAUUCAUCGUUAUAUGCAUAUUAUAGAAAGGAUUGUGAGUGAACAUGUUUCUAACUCUCAACUCUUCUUGGUUUUGCUGGUAUUUAAAGGUUUGAGAUGGAGGAGAGGCUCAAUGGAUGCCGGCUCAUUGGGAUCAGUUCCUAAUGAAGAUAGGAUAGGGAAUGCUGGAUACAUGGAACAGGAAUAAUCAAUUCCUCCAGGAGAUAUCUAUACAUACACAUAAGACCUUUUUUUUUUUUUUUAAACCCCCCUCCUAUAAAACGCGUUUGGAAGCCUUUCUCCACUGGUCUUCUCACUCGUGCGCACGCGCACACACACGCGCGCGCACACACACACACACGCACACACACACACAGAGAGGAGGACAUGCUGCAGUCUUGUGGGAUGGACUCGACAGGAGCAAUCUGGUAACUGAAGGGAAGUUUGUUUAGGGGUAAUCCUCAUGCAAUUUUUAGAUGGUCAGUUGUCCUUUGCUGGACUGUUGUAGAUGCUUUUUGCAUUUAAUAAUUUUUUUUUUGUUUAAGUGAACAUUUGCAUCAAUAAAUGAUAAUAAAAAAAUCAAACUGAUGCAUAACAAGUGCCUCCUGUAUUUAUUGUAUCUAUUAUGGUUAUGAAAGUGUAGAAUGUUAUAUCACAUCACAAACAUCUUAAAAUGAUCAGAGUUAAUCUCACCCACACCCAUUUAAAAGAUGGAUGCACUGGGAUUAGGUGGUGAAAUGACGUUUGAUUUCACAGCAUGUUGAUCAUAUGAGAUGAAAGGCUGUGUGGUGAAAGCCUGUCGUGUUUCCGACUCUGAUCCGGUCAAAGAUGCAUUGUGGGUUGAAAUAAGAUGCAGGCAGAGCGGCGCGAGAGGAAAACGCGCGCGCACCACACGGCGGAGGCGGAGAGCUGCAGCCAAUGAGGACCCUUUUAGCGUGCAUCUAUCGCUCUCAUUCCUUCUCUCUCUUUCUCUCUGACUUCUUGUAGAUGCAAAGCUCAUCCUGACGGUACACGCAAGAAAAAUUUAUAUACAAACGUCCAAACUCGGGCUGUUGUGAAUAUUUCUUCUCCUUCUUAGUAUUAUUAUUAAUUUGCUAACGACACAUCAUCAACUGAAGAAUUAUGACUGACAGGAAAGCUGUGAUCAAGAAUGCUGACAUGUCUGAGGACAUGCAGCAGGAUGCAGUUGACUGUGCAACUCAGGCCAUGGAGAAGUACAACAUUGAGAAGGACAUCGCAGCAUACAUCAAAAAGGAGUUUGACAAGAAGUACAACCCAACAUGGCACUGCAUCGUGGGGAGAAACUUUGGCAGCUACGUCACCCACGAGACGAAGCACUUCAUCUACUUCUACUUGGGCCAGGUGGCGAUCCUCCUGUUCAAAUCCGGCUGAAAGUCUUGCGGCGAGAGUAGAAUGUUCGUUUCCAACAUGGACCAAGAUGCACUAGUGGCCAGUGUCCUGUCUAACCACAUGCUACAAAUAUUAAACAAGGCCAUACCAUGACUAUGCUGACUGUGCGUAACUGCAUGGGCCGUAUACCAUACUAAUUGUGCAUAUGUUGAGGUUAAGUUGCUUUUCAGUAAGUGUCCCAUGUUUAUCGGGAAAGCUUUUGUUUCUGGUCCUGACGAGUUUGUUCACGCAUAGGAGCUGUGGAGGCAGGGGUGGUUUUGAUUUAAAUAAAGCACUGGCAAAUGAAAUCCAAAACGUGUGUUGGUAGAGUUUUUCUUCUAAGAGUAGUCAUUGCUGCCAGUGUGUCUUUUUUUUUUUUUCUUUCUUCUUCUUCUUCUUCUUCUUAAGUAGUCAUUGCUGCCAUGUAGUUCUAACGAGCACAGUGUGUGUCUGUACCAUGGUGGAGAUGAAGAAUAAUGGAAAUAAGUAAUGUGUAUGUGGGUUAAUCUAAGCUUAGGUGCUUGUUAUUAUUGGAGUUGGUGAUUGUAUGCUAGGAAAGUGAUGGGUUACAGAUGCGCAAAUUACACUCUUAGUCUGUGAAUCUGCAUUUCCUUUUGUUUGAGAUGUCUUACAAUGUUACAAGUGCAUUAAGUCUAAUGGGGAAUAAUCUAAGAUAUAUUAAACAGUUUUUUUUUUUUUCUUGAGUAUUUGAGUGUUCAGCUUUUAUUUUGUGUUUUAAUUUUUCAUUUCUGUCAGUCGCCAGAACAUAAAGGGACUCUGCACACAACAAUCUCCAGCUCCUUCAGUCUGCUAUUAAGUUUGGAAUUAUUUAGACAUUUAGCAUUUAGCAUGUUUGUGUUUUUUUUUUUUUUUCCUUUUUUCUUUCUCUACUUAUGUAUGAGGUGUAGGUUUUUGUUACUUGUCUGUAUAUUGCACAUCACUUCAAGCCUCCCUCUGUUGGUAGGCCUGUGAAACACUUACACUCCAUUUCACUGUACCCUCUCAGGUACUGCCCAUGACAAAAGCAGAUCAGUCAUUAAAAGAUGUAAUUGUCAAUUGGGUUUUGUUUGCAUAAGUAAUUUUGCUGUAUUGUGUAAUAUCAAUAAAGAAUAUAGUUGCACAGUG